UACUGAUCUUCAUGUGACAGUUGGUUGGCAACGGUUGGCAACAGCCCCUCCCAGUGUGUAGUGUCCAGCCCCUGAGGUUAGCAACAGAGAACACGAUUGGACAGAAGGAUUGGAAGAAGGAGAGAACCAAACAACCUUCUGUAGAGUGACAAUAGAGUAGAGUGAACUUCAAAUCACUUCUUCAUUAGAUUUUUUGCUUGGUAGUGGCACCAUUUCUGGGCAAAGGCUAUAGAAACAGGAAGUUGUUACUGGUGGUUGGGCCUGCUAAUCAUCAAACGGACGGUUCCUGGUGGAGGCCCAGAGUCUGCACGUGUAGCGAUGUGUGCAGAGAGGAAGAGGCCCCUUACCUGCUACCUGACUCAGACUCUGGCUGUGACCUUCAACUUGCCCCCGGCCCCACCAUGUUGAACAAUGCCUCCCUGGUCUACAUCGUCCUGGAGCUGGUGAUCGCCUGCCUGGCCGUGACUGGUAAUGUGCUGGUCUGCUGGGCCGUGUGCCUCAACAGCACCCUGCAGAGCAUUACAAACUACUUUGUGGUGUCCCUGGCAGUGGCAGACAUCGCUGUGGGCUUGCUGGCCAUCCCCUUCGCCAUCACUAUCAGCACAGGCUUCUGCGCCAACUUCCAUGGCUGCCUGUUCAUUGCCUGCUUCGUGCUGGUGCUCACUCAGAGCUCCAUCUUCAGCCUGCUGGCCAUCGCUGUGGACCGCUACAUUGCCAUCAAGAGACCUCUCAGGUAUAACAGUCUUGUGACGGGCGGGAGGGCGAAGAGCAUCAUCGCAGUGUGCUGGGUUCUCUCUGUGGGCAUCGGCCUCACGCCCAUGCUGGGCUGGAACAGGGGUGUCAAUGCCACCAACAGCAGCUCAUGCUCCGAGGGCAUGACAGAGUGCCUGUUUGAGGGUGUGGUGACCCUGCACUACAUGGUCUACUUCAACUUCUUUGGCUGUGUGCUGGUGCCUCUGCUGGUCAUGCUGGCCAUCUAUGCCCGCAUCUUCAUGGCGGCUCGGCGCCAACUGAGGCUGAUGGACCUGAAGCUGGCUCACAUGCACACCCACGGGACAAGUUCGUCGUCCACGUCUUCCCGCUCCACCCUGCAGAAGGAGGUCCACGCGGCUAAGUCUCUGGCCAUUAUCAUGGGGUUGUUCGCCUUCUGCUGGCUGCCCCUGCACAUCAUCAACUGCUUCAACCUGUUCUGCCAGGACUGUGGGCGCCCACACAUAUGGGUGAUGAACAUUGCCAUCAUCCUGUCCCACGCCAACUCCGUGGUCAACCCCUUCAUCUACGCAUACCGCAUCCGGGAGUUCCGCCACACCUUCCGCAGGAUCCUGCGCCAGCACGUGCUGGGACACCAGGAGGGGAAUGGGGGUGACAGAGGGGUGGGCGGCAACAUUAGUGUCAUGCGCACCACCACUCGCAUCAACAUGGUGGAUGGAUCACGUGGCACCAUGGUGAACAGUUAUGCCCUGGAGCCCAGCCCCAAACUCAGCCCCACUAGGACUCCCAUAGGGACCCAUAGAGCUGAGAAAGAGGCUUCCUCUACCUUCUGUCAGUGGUCGCCACCACGGUCAGACCCUGCACCAAUCAGCUACAUCCAAAAUGGAUACCACAGUGGGGAUGCCCCACUGUCGCUUAGUGUGGUUCAAAGUGGGGUUGAGACUAAGAACCUUGGGGGAACAACAGAGGUGAUGGAGGUGACAGUGGAAACAUCUAAUUUGUGCACGUCAGGCCUCUGUCCCCCUCACAAACCAGCUCUAACCACUCAGUAGAACUCAUUGAGGUGUCAUGAUAUAGUUAUCCCCGUGUUGGACAAGUUACUGAUACCCCAACGUACAUCAUCAACUACAAGGGGGAGAAGUGAGGGACCAAACUUAAAGCAUGUUCCCUACGCCUGUAAAAAAUGGACCUAAAUCUUGGAAAUGCUUGCACUGAGAAGAAAUAGCAUUUCUUUCUUUAGGAGGGAGACUCCUUAGCCUGGAAAGGAAACAACAAACUGGUAUUAAAUUACUUCCAGCCAUUAAACUUUUUUCUUUCUUCAAAUGAUUGUAUUUGUUGAUCACAAAGCUGUUAUUUGAGGACAUAUUUUGUAUACGUCACCUCUAAGGCUUUUUACAGUAGGCUAAUAGUCUUUCUAAACGUAAAGAUCGAUCACAUUAUAAAUGAAUGGACUGGUCUAACCUGUUGUAUGCUGACAGAUUAUGUUACAGACAGACCAAAACCAUAAUGACCCUAACGACUGCGCAACACUUAAUGAUACAAUAUCCAGUAUUGCUGGUCAACCACUAUGCAGUUAAUGAAACUACUGUAUGUCAGUGUGAAGCUUCUGAAAUGUAUUCUCUUCCUUUUGUAAUGCAGUAUUUCAAUUCUGUCAUAUUCUGUUUUCAAAAGCUGGCCCCUUGUGUUUAUUGUCAGAUUAUUAAAAGU